AUGUCCACCAACGUCGACGAUCUCCCUAUCCCAGGCUCGCUCCUCCUCGUCGAGGAGGGCGACCAGGAGAUUGUGCUCCAUCCCACACCCAGUAAUGACGUCAACGACCCCCUCAACUGGAGCUGGAAACGCAAGCAGCUCGCAUUCUGGAUGCUCAUGGCAUAUACUUGGCUAUGGGGCUUCGGCGCAUGCUCGGUUUACUCUGUCCUCGUGCCGCUGUCCGAGGUCAAGGGAAUCAGUCUGGCCGCCCUCAACGCCGGCACGGGAUACAUGUUCCUUCUGCUCGGGUUCGGCGGUCUCGUCACCCAGCCCCUCGCCCUCACUUUCGGCAAGCGGCCGAUGUUCCUCGUCUCCUCGAUCGCCCUCCUCGGCAUGCUGGUCUGGCAGGUAUACAUCACCAACGAGGGGACAUGGUACGCCAACAAGAUCAUCCAGGGGUUCUUUGGUGCCCCGAUUGAGAUGCUCGUCGAAGUGGGCAUUACCGACCUCUUCUACGCACACGAACGUGGCUUCUACAUGGGCGUGUACACUGUAUGCUUGACGGCGAGUAACUACCUCGCUCCAGUGUGGGCUGGGUACGCCAACGACAACCUCGGGUGGGAAUGGGUGUUCUGGAUCAGUGCAAUGAUUGCCGGUCUCCUCGUCAUCCUUCUCUUCUUCUUCAUGGAGGAAACAAACUACAACCGCGGGACGUCCGAGCUUAGCGAGAAGAACGACGCUGCCGCUGUCGCUGUCGCUGUCGCAAACGACGCCGAGUCACGCCACAGUGACAAGGACAAGGAGGGCGAGACGACCGUCAACGUCACUGUCGCCAACGACAGCCAGCGCACCCUCGUGGGCACCGAGUGGAGCUAUUCCAAGAAAAUCGCCCUGUACCGUGAACGCUACGCCAGCAACAAGACCAUGCUCGCAAUGGCCUACCGGCCCUUCCUGUACUUCCGCUACCCUGUCGUCGUGUGGAGUGGUCUACUCUACGGCUCCUCGCUGGUGUGGUACAAUGUCCUCAACGCAACGGCAUCCAUGCUCUGGACGCAGAACUACGGCUUCACGGCUUCCAAGGUCGGCCUGUCCUACCUCGCUCCGACGCUUGGUGCCAUCCUCGCCAUCGGAUACUGCGGAUUUGCCGACCACAAGUUCCUUCUUUGGCAGACCAAGCGCAAGAACGGUAUCCGCGAGCCCGAGGACCGCCUCUGGCUGCUGGUGCUUAUGGCAUUACUCAUGCCGACCGCCCUUAUUUUGUGGGGCGUCGGCGCGGCCCGCCACAUCCACUGGUUCGGAUUGAUUGUCGGCUCGUUCCUCAUCGGUUUCUGCAACCCGCCAAUGGGGAGUAUUCCCAUCAACUACACCACCGACUCGUACAAGGACUUGAGCGGCGAGGCACUGCUCACCGUCAUGAUUAUUCGCAAUUCUCUCAGCUUCGGCAUCGGGUACGCAAUUACGCCAUGGCUCAACAUUGGCCUGCAGAACACUUUCAUCACGGCAGCAUUUGCGUGCAUGGCCGUCAUCCUCAGCUUCCUUAUCAUGGUCAAGUGGGGCAAGACGUUCCGCAAACGCUCGCGCAAGUCCUACUGGAAGUACGUUGAGUCGAGUGUCAUGCCGCAUCACUGA